AUGCCGGCGGACGACACGGUGUUCGGGACCAACGAAAGAUGGCGCAUCAACAGGAACAUAUUUGUGCUCGGUUUCGCGUUCAUGGUGCACUUUACCGCGUUCCACGGCGCUGCCAACCUCCAGAGCUCCGUCAACAGCGAGGCCGGCGCCGGCACCUUCACGCUAGCCGCCAUCUACUUCUCCCUGAUACUGUCGAACAUCUUCCUGCCGGCGAUAGUUAUAAAAUGGCUAGGCUGCAAGUGGACUGUGGCUUUGUCGUUCAUAGCCUACAUGCCGUUCAUCGCAGCGCAGUUCUAUCCCCGUUUGUACACUCUGGUGCCGGCUGGAAUGAUGGUUGGGUUCGGCGGUGGGCCGCUUUGGUGUGCCAAGUGCACCUACCUCUCCGUGGUCGCAGAGCCGUACGCUAAGCUGUCUGGAGUGAAGGCCGACGUGCUUGUGGUCAGAUUCUUCGGGCUAUUCUUCAUGUUCUAUCAGAUGGCUCAAAUUUGGGGAAAUCUCGUUUCGUCAGCUAUUCUCUCGUCAUCGUUGGGUGAUGCGGACGUGUUCCUGAACCAGACUUUGGUACCUAAGGCCUCGGCGCUGAUCAGCAACUUUACCGCUCCCGAGGUGGACUUUGGUGCAACGUGCGGUGUCAACUUCUGCAGCGGUUCCUCUGCCCACGAAAACGUCAAUCUUGUACCACCUUCGGCGCUGAAGAUUCAGGUCAUAGCGGGGGUAUACCUCACGUGCAUGGCUUCAGCUGUCAUAUUGGUGUUCCUCGGUGUGGAUUCACUGAGCAGGUACAACGCUGGACGUCAGCCGGCGAGCCACGGCAAGUCCGGUCUCCUGUUGCUCGCGGUCACUCUUCGCCAGCUCAGGCACAAGUAUCAGCUGCUGCUCCUGCCCGUGAUCGGGUACAUUGGCGCCGAACAGGCGUUCAUGGCCGCGGAUUUCACCCAGGCUUUCGUGGGUUGCGCAUACGGCAUCAGCAACAUUGGCUUCGUGAUGAUCUGCUUCGGGGUUUUCAACGCUCUCGCUGCCCCAGUAGCGGGCGCCAUCGUGAAGGUCACGGGGCGCUAUCCCGUCAUGGUGACCGCUCUGUUACUGAACCUGUGUUUAAUCACCGCCUUGCUGCUUUGGAGGCCCAGUCCGGACCAAUGGCUGGUGUUUUUCGUGUUAGCCGCCAUAUGGGGUUCCGCUGACGCCGUGUGGCUAGUGCAGGUCAACGCUCUAUCGGGAAUCCUGUUUCCGGGCGACGAAGAGGCCGCCUUCUCCAAUUUCAGACUGUGGGAGUCGACGGGGAGCGUGUUGGCGUACGCCUCCGCCCCAUACCUCUGCGUGAAGACAAGGUUAUUCAUCCUCCUUGGUCUGCUUAUUCUUGGUUUCUCCGGGUACACAAUCAUAGAGGUUAUGGAAUACAAGGUGAAGAGGUCGCAUCAUCGUGAGAGGAACUUCGAGCUCGUCGCUGAGAAACCUGAUCGUGAA